CUAGUGUUCUACAGUAAUUCGACAUCAACUCUACCAUGGCCGAAACCGUCGUUCUCGCCGCUCCCGCACCAGUCACCGCGUCGCCAGCCUCGAAAAAGUCUCCGGCCAAGAAGAAGACUGCUGCUGCCAAAGCAAAAAAACCCGCUGCGUCUCAUCCGACCACUUCCGUGAUGGUGACGUCUGCCAUCAAGGAACUGAAGGAGAAGAAGGGUUCGUCCUUGCCGGCUAUCAAGAAAUACCUGGCUGCCAACUACAAAGUCGAUCCCGCCAAGCUGGCGCCGUUCAUCAGGAAGUUUUUGAAAGCCGCCGUCGCCAACGGAACAGUCGUUCAGACCAAAGGCACCGGCGCUUCUGGUCACUUCAAAUUACCGCUUGCCGAAGUUAAACCGAAAAAGGCAACUGUAGUCAAGAAGAAGAAACCAGUCGUCAAAAAAGUCAAAGCCCCUGGUGCCGUAAAGAGGAAAUCGACGUCCGCUAAGAAAGUUAAGCCCGCGUCCGGCGAACCAACAGCUAAAAAAGUCAAGAAGGCUGUAGCCUCAAAACCUAAGGCUGCCAAACCGAAGAAAUCUCCGGCCAAGGCGAAAAAACCUGCUGGCGCUGUCAAACCCAAAGUGAAGAAGACUCCAACCAAAAAAACAGCAGCUCCCAAAAAGAAGUAAAUUGUUUGAUCGUUCACUUCUCUCACCCCU